AUGGAAUCGGUCGGUCACCACGUGGCGGUUCCGCUGCGUGUCGGUGGCAAAAAGAUGCGCAAACGCCGCGAACUGGACGCACUCGUAGCGCACUCGCUGGCCAAAGGUGCAAAGGGUGGUGGUGGUGGUCGGCACGCGGCCAGCAAUGGUGUGGCCUCACACGAUCAGCUCCUAUCGAACUCGACCGACGAGCAGGAGGAUUAUUCAUGGCAACCGAAGGUGCGCACACAGUCCCGGUGCCGGACGAAACGGUUCUCCUGCCUGCGCACCUGCGGCCCGCUCCUGUUCGUGUCCUGCAUUUUCAUCUCGCUCGGGUUCAUGUACUGGCUGUACUUCGAUAUCCGGCAGCAGAUAUCGCAGUAUCGCAUCCGCAUCGAGCAAGUUUCUGCAACUAGUCAAAAUGUUCCCGAAGCGCUGCAAAAGUGGCACGAGACGUCCAAAAAUCUGGAACAAAACCAGACCGCACUCAACGGGAAGCUGCGGGAAAUGCAGCAAGUCCUUACGAACUUCUUCGCCGAGCUCAAACAACUUCGUGAGACAAUUGACAAGAAGAACGAAAACUCGCAAGAGGCCCAACUUAACCGCCUGCAGUCCAGUGUGGCUGAUCUGGGGUCCAAAAUAGGUGAUUCCAAUUCCCGCAUCGGCGUACUGGAGACUCGCUUCGACACCAUACAGGCCGACCAGAGGCAGCUGAACAAAACGCUCGAUGACCUGCAGACCUUAUUCAGCCGCAUACAAAAUGCCAGCUCCGUAUCGGACAUCAUCGGAGGUGAGGGCGUCACGAAGGGUGUUGAGAAAACGAUAGCGGAGUUGCGGGAUCAGUUUAACGGGCGGUUGAAUAAUCUCGCGGAAAACGUAACCGGUGAGCUGCUGGUGUUGAAGCAGAAGAAUGGCUGGCUCCACGACGAUCUGUCUAAUCAGACGAAACGCAUCGAGGAGGUGUUUGAUAAUACGGUCAACAUUUCUUCACACGUACUAUCGAUCGAGACGGAUUGGCUGAAGGUGCGUAACAACACCAGUGUGCUCGAGGCCGAUCGUAAGAUCAUUAACGAUCAGCUGGCGAAACUGGCGAACGUCACGACGGGAUUACACGGUACGAUCGGGAAAGUGCAGGAAGAGUGCCAGCUGUACCACAGCAAGCUGGACGAGGUCAGAGGGAAGCUCGGUGACCUGCAGGACCAGAUACAGCAGUUUUCCGGCAGAAAGGAAGCGAUUCAUCGUUCGCGAGAAGCAAAUGAAACGCAACAGAUCGGGAAGGACAACAUUUCUUCCAUACUAUCGCCCCUGUUCAACCAACAGCCAGACGGGGCGAUGAAAAUUAAUACUGAACCUCCGGUCAAACCAGCUGCGCCACCCUUGAUCACUAGCACAACACCGCCGGCAAAUGUGCUGCUGGCAAAGCUGUAUCCCGGAACGCUCGUUACGCAGGUCUCAACCACACCGCAACCUAGCGUAACCCAGGCCGUCGGUGCCGCUGUUGCAGCAUCACCGGAGAAAAGUGGUGGUACCGUAAGCAAAAAAUCUGUCGGAGUUUUCGAUACUAUCAUGUAGGCGAAACAUUUGACGUUUACGGUAUCAGCCAAGGAUGAAUCCUUUGUUGAGUGUGAAAGGUAAUUAAGAUUUCAAAACGACUAACACACCAGCAACACGUUGGCGGGAGGCACGUGUUUCUGUGCGCGGGUAUUUUUGGCAGAGACGCACGGCAGAUCAAAUUGACAGAGAAAAUGCGAUGAAAUGAAGGCAAACCAAAGUUUUACAAUGAUUGAUUGAUUUUUAAGAAUGAAUGUUCGAUAGACACAGGAACUGCAGGCCGCUAGAGACAAGCAGAAAAAACAUAGAUGGGUAGUGAUAGAAUACUUUUGAGCGAAAAGAAAAGAAAACCAGUCACUAGAAUGUGAAAGUGUGAUGAAGAAAAUUGAUAGGAAAUUGAUGGAGGCAAUGGUAAAUUAAAAACAAGGAAAGAAAUGAACAAUUACGAACGAAUUAGCAUGAUACUUUGCUAAAGAUGAAAUCACUCUAAUGGCGUUUGCAAGUUUCAUCUAUUUUUAUUCCGUAACGAGCAAUUUGCACUAAUUAGUGUCUCAGUAUAGGAAGAAGAAAAAACACAAAGAGUAUUCUUUUGGAUUUGUCAAACAUAAAGCAAACAUAAUUUUAUCAUUGACUAGAGAAUGUAAAAUCAAAACUGAGCUGUUUAAGGUAGAGCGCAAAAAAAACCUAUUACCGAAAAACAUCGAAAACCAUCUGCUAACUAACAAAUAGGCACAUAUUUCCUUUGCACAUAAUUUUCGUACCAAUCUAUUAUUCAGUAGUAAUGAUUGUCGGUAUAUAGAACACAAAACUCCGUAUCACAGUAUGUUUCGAAAAUUGACAAAGUCGAUUCGGGUUACAUUGUGUUUUCUUCCGUGCGGAAAGUGAGAUGAACGUUAACGAAGCUAAGCCAAAUUACUCACGACAAAUGAUACUUUCCGUACCUUAUGAAAUUAUAAAUUUAAAACCAAAAGAAGUGUUUAUUGGUAGCGAAGAGAUGCUAACAUCAGCCGCGGCUGUUUAACAAUAAUUAACAAAACAAAAUGGGUAACGUUAUUAGACACGCACCAAUCAAGAUUCAACUACCUGAAUGCGAUUCAAUGUCAAGCGAAUAGAUAAAUUCGAUGGCUUUCUGUGACGAUUCGCGUAGCAAAACAAACAUAGCUUGAAGUUGUGCCCCCGUACUUGUUCGUGCUCUGUUUUGCCAAAAACUUACAGUGCGUUUUAAGUGAUAAGACAGACAAGUACCGAAUUCGAACGUGGAAAAUUUCAUUGGUUUACUUUUACAUUUACUUUUGAAUUUCAUACUUGCCUUAAAACCAAACUAUGCGUUUCCUUUGUACAGGUUCUUGUUUGUAGUUAUGUUAUUUCAACCCAAGUACACCAAGUUAGAGAUAUUACGCACUUUUAGCGAGAGGAUUGGAAUGCAAACUUGUUAAGAUUGUUGGGAAACGUGAUUCAAUUCGAAAGGCGAUCAGAACAUGAUAGAGAAAGAGCACGGCGAUAGAAGCAAUAGACCGAUCGGAUGCAUUUUUAUGUCCUCUUCAGCGAAAACACAUGGCCCUGGAAGGUAUUCUUCUACUUUGCUCGCUUUGGCAGAUUUUUUGUCGGAAGCAAUAUCGCUUAUAUGGUAGAAGAGCUCGUUCGUGAAGAAGAGCUCUCUGCUUUUACGUUAAUGACAACCAGUAGCUAUACGUACUUAAUUUUAUGUGUUUUUUAUACACUUUAUUUGCUUUAUUUGUAUUAUAUUCGCAGACAGAGAAAAUAACACGUUAUCGUGUAUCGAUCGAGGAUAUGAAAUUAACAGGAAGUCCACUCGAGCUUGCUUGAUAAAUUUUCGAAGUGGUUUCGUUCCGUGAUGCUGAGGUUGUACUUCAUUUUAAGCUUUAUGUAAGUAUUUUAGUUUUUUUUCUCUAUCAUCUUGCAUCGUGUGACCACAACAAUUAUACAUGGACUAGACCGAGGAAAACGGUUAAUUCAACAAUAGAUGUAGAUGAUGAUUCAAUGCGUAUAUACAACCAACGGUCAGAUAGAGUGCAGAAACAAACAAAAAUCGUUAUUGAAAAAAAAACAAGUCUUUAUAAAGUCAUCACAUCAACUCCAU